AUGACUAUUGUCGUGGGAAUCGCUGGUCUCACUGGCAAGUUCGCCCAAUGCGUAGCGAAGGAACUCCACGCAUAUCCCGGGGUGAAACUCAAGGGCUUCUGCCGGAGCCAACAAAAGCUCCCGCAAGCGGCGCUGAAAAUGUACGAUAUUGAAGUCGUCCAGGGUGAUUUUGACAACGUGGCAGCUGUCGAGAAAUUCGUGCGAGGCACCAAUAUCGUUGUUUGCUGCUAUUUUGGCGAGCCAGACUUGAUGAUUCGGGGCCAGAAGAUCUUGGUGGACGCGUGCUCCAAGUUCGACGUCCCGCGCUUCUACCUAGUAGAGAAGGGGGUUGCCGGUGUGCAUGUUCUUGUCGGUGCGCUGACAGAGACGUUUUGGAGCGAGUACUUCCAGGUUUUUGACACCAAGACUCAAACAAUUAGGUACUGGGAAACGGGUGAUGAGAAGUGGGAGCUCACAACCUACGAGACUGCUGCGGCUUAUACUGCGGCACUCGUGGUUGAUCAGAAUGCAUCGGGUGUUUUCCGAUUUCGAGGAGAUUGCAAGAGCAUCUUAGAAAUACGGGAACUGUACCAGCGUGUCUACGGAUCCAGUCUCCCCCUGCAACGGUUAGGGUCUCUCGACGAACUAUAUCACACUGUCAACCGGGAGUUCGAAAAAGAUCCCAACAAUGCUAUGGCAUGGGCCCCUGGAUGCUUCUCCUACUGGUGUAUAAACGGCAUUGCCUACCUCGGCGAGGACCUCGACAAUCACAAGUUCCCCCACAUCAAGCCAGUCGAUAUGGAGAGUUUCUUGAGGGCUCAUGAGAAGGAGAGGGUCCCUGUUGCAUUUCUGUCACUGGGAUUCUAG